AUGCUCGGGGUCCGCUCGUCCCAGUAUCUUGCUCUGCAUCCUCAGGCUAUGCUCUCCUCCACUCACACAGACGGCACAGACCGCGGAACCUCGAUUUUACUCAAAACGGCAACUCUGUCUACGACGCUCAAGGGCUUUAGUACGUCGUCGACGAAAGAAGGGACCUGGGCCUACGACGUUCCUUCACCCCCGUCAUCGGAGAGUAUCACAUCUGGCUCUAGUCUUGACGACAGCGCAGAUGCCUCCGCCACUCAUGCACUGAGGAAGCCUUCGACGUCGGUCCCGACAACCACCUCGAGCUGGUACCUCAUCCCGAACGUGAACACCACCAGUGCGCCGAAGACGCCUCCGGGACUCACUCUCAGCGUCCGACGCAUCUCCCCCCGUGCCGCUAAAGCCCGUCUCAUGUGGCUGCGAGCGAACGGUCGCGUACCCCCGGACUUCUCCGCUUGCCGCCCUAGCAGCACUCCACCUCCACCUCCGCCCCUUCCCUGGCCCUACAUCGCCGCCAGCGACGCCGAUUACUGCCCCUCGUUCGUUGAGUUUCCCGCAGCGCACCAAACCAAUAUGGAGACGAUCGAAGAUUGGGUAGCGGUUAUGAUCCCUGGGAUCGCGGCUUCGCACGCCAUCACUAUACGCACGGUGAACCCAACCUCCUUCCCCGCGUUUGCGUUUGCCUCGGGCGCUAACGUCGCCAAAACUGGACCAACUCGGCUCAACACCGGCAAGUGCAAAAAGCUGGCGCUUCGGCUCGUCAAUAGCGAGACGUAUUGGUCGUCUCAGACGUUGAACGAUCUCGCAUGGGCUUUUAUCAAGCAUGCGACGGACACACAACACGCACGCCCGUUUGCCGCCGCUCUGUUCGCCAAGACGGUGCGCGACCAGCUAGCUGAAACGGCAGGACAGUGGGUCGCCCGCGACUUCGUGGGAAGACUGGAGAACAACGCGAUGACCCGUUUUGCGUCCCAGUGGUACUCGGGCAAUCGAUACUCGAUCAUGCGCACCAUAAGUGCGCGUGGGGAAGUGCAUGGCCUGGAGACCUAUCGCAAGGGCGCCCACAUCAGCACGCUCAUCGGCUUGCUAUUCAACUACGGAUUUCUCAAAGCUGAGUGCGUCGUUGCGUGCUUGCAGGUCCUCAUGGCGGAGAUGACGCACGUGGAGCAUCUUCUCGCAGUCGAGCGCAUCGUGCGGCAUUGCGGGCGCGACGUGUGGAGAGCGCGGGCCUCGCGGACGCGAUUUCAUCUGGACAAUAUCGUCGGAGCACGGUUGAAGGGGGCGCACGGCGCAGUAGACUUCGUCAAGCUGCUCCGGGGCCGAGUAGAGGAACUAGCCUUGAAAGCGGGUACGUGGCAGGGGUGCAGUAUGUUCCGAGGAAGUCGAUGGACGAGGCAGGCAUUGUACGAGGUAUUCCACUUGACACCCGGUUGGGCUUCCCAGAACAUUGCAGAGCAUGUAGGAAUCUGGUUCGCCAAGCAGUUCAUGGAGGUGGAUGCGAUGACUCUUGCAUAUGCGCGAGCCGAUUACAGAAAGAAAAAGGCCGCCCGGACACCGUUGGGUGUUACCAGAGGAAGCCGGCCAGAUAUCGACUGCAAGAGCUGGCCCUGCAGCCCGGAGACGGCCCAGGCGACGAUGGUGAAGGCGGGCUGGAUUCCCGCCGUCGUUGAGGUCCCAACUGGCGGAGGAAGUCUCCCUUGCACGCCCACGCCCGCGAGGAUCGUGCCUCCUAAAUCGGGCAGCAUCUUUCCUUCGCCAACGGGGAAGUCGGCUGUUGGUGAAAUGAAAAAGCAUAGUGCGCCACAACACGCCGCGCGCUACAUCAAGUGA